CUUUUGGUCCGAGCGUACAAGCGAGUAUUGGAGUUUGUUAUUAGAAGGGUGUCGUCUAAACGAUAUGCUGCCAUAUCAAUGGAUGGCUGGUCUACUUUCAGACGACAGAGUAUGAUUAAUGUGACUCUCCUGAUUCCCGGACUGCCCGCAAUACUGUGGGCGACCAAAUGCACGGGUGACGCUGUCAAAACAGGAGAAUUCAUCGCCAACUUUGUGGUUGUCGAGAUUGAUGACAUUGAAACGCAG